AUGUCCUACCCAGGCCAAUACGGCUACGGCGCUCAGCCGCACGGCCAAGGCUACGGCCAGCAGUACCCGCCGCCUCCUCAAGGAGGCUACGGCGGAUCACCUUAUCCUCCUCAGGGAGGCCAAUAUCCUCCUCCUCAGGGUCCUCCACCCGGUCAGUAUGGUGCACCGCCGCAACAAAGUGGCUACUACCAACAACCUCCUCCGGGCCAAUAUCCUCCUCAGGGCGGACACUACCCUCCCCAAGGCCCUCCGCCGGGCCAGUAUCCGCCCCAGGGCGGCGCAUACGGCGCACCUCCUCCCAUUCCUCCCUCGCCCUAUGGAGGACACUCUCCCGCACCCGGAGGCUACGGCGCACCGCCCAACCAGUCAUAUGGCGCUCCUCCGCCGCAGCACUAUGGACCUCCGACGCCCGCGUCCUUGGGGUAUGGCGCUCCGCAGAUUAUCCAGUGGGACGCCACACCGGACGCCACGACGGCGCGGAAUGCGAUGAAGGGCUUUGGCACUGACGAGAAGGCUCUGAUCCACUGUCUGGCUACCAAGGACCCCCUGCAGAUCGAUGCGAUCAGAACGGCGUUCAACAGAAAUUUCAGACGCGAUCUCGAACAGGACAUCAAGAAGGAGACGAGCAGUUGGUUCCAGAAGGGCUUGGUCUCGAUCGCACGCGGCCCCCUCCGCUCUGAUAUCUACAACUUGUACGAGGCAAUGGAUGGGGUUGGCACAAAGGAGAGCGUUCUCAACGACGUCCUCCUCGGCCGGUCAAACGCCGAUAUGCAGGCGAUCAAGAGCGCAUAUCAGCAAACAUUCAAAAGACGCCUGGAGGACGCUGUCAAAGGCGACCUUAGCAUGAAGACGGAAAGACAUUUCCUCAUCGUCCUCGGUGCCAACAGGGCAGAGGACUCGGCGCCCGUCGUGCCGCAGCAGAUCGACUCAGAUGUCAUGGAGCUGUACAAAGCUACAGAGGGCAAGGUUGGCACAGAUGAAAUGCUCGUCUGCAGCAUCCUGAGCACCCGCAAUGACAACCAGAUCCGCGCCAUCAACCAGGCUUACGAGCAAAAAUUCCGAAGGAAGCUCGAGGAAGUCAUCAAGAAGGAGUUCUCAGGACAUAUGGAGGAUGCGCUCCUCUUCCAGCUCCGCCACGCGGUCGACAAGUACAUGCACGCCGCCAAGCUCCUGGAAGACUCCAUGGCUGGGCUCGGCACCAAGGACCACCUCCUCGUCGCCCGCGUCGUGCAAUACCACUGGGACAAGAACUUCCUCGCCAACGUCAAGGGCGCGUACCAAGCAAGGUACAAUCGCAGCUUGGCGAGCAGGAUCAGGGGCGAGACGAGCGGUGAUUACCAGAGGUUGAUGUUGGCGUGUAUCGGCGAGAACAUUUAA